AAAAAAGAUAAUAAGUUAAAAGUAGACUGCUUUGUAUCCUUUGUCUAAACGCGGUUACGUUUACCACUCUAGUUUUGUUUCUAGAACAAAUACUAAGAUAUCAAGUGAAAGUAACGUUCGCAAGCCAUAUGCAUCCAGUUUUUAGGCACUCCAAGAUGAUACUUGCUUUAAGUGUCCUAGUUUUCACGCUGGUUCACAGGAGUGUGGUGUGUGAUGAACUGUACCCUAUCUCACAAGUCGAGGACCUCCUCCAGAAUCAGCCCGAGUGGACCUUGGCCGACUACAGUGAGCCUGUAGAGGGAAAACUUUCUGAUGAACCAUUUCUAGCUUCAAACUUGCUUCAGAACGACCCCGAUCAAGAUGACCUGAAGUGGAUGGAGACUGACAUUGUGGCCAAGUAUAAAUUUAAGAAAGAUCCCAAGAAAGAUAUGUGGAUAUUUCAACCCAACUUCGCAGGACAAAUCGGCACAACAGACUUUGCCAAAGAUGCGGAUAGGAUAAAGAAGUUCUUUAAACGAAACAACGAUUGGGCAGCUAUGAAAAAAAAAUUCCGCACUCCUACUAGCUGUCUUCAACUCCUGUACAUCACUGCCGCUAGGUAUCUCUUUGUGACACACGUUCUUUACGUUCUAAGUGGUAAUAAGCUAAAACCUUGCGUGAGAACAACGGCAAAGAAAAUCGAAAUCCCUGACUCUGUGUGCUUUCCUGAGCCUUACGGAUCAGCUUCUUGCACUUCGGACUACGACGUCGGGCUUGUUGGAAAAGACGCUGGUACGCUUACAGAGAAAUUCAACAACUUUUUCCAAGACAGAAAUGAAUUCGGGAAACCCUCGGAGAUCGUUUUUGACACAAAUGUCUACGCUUUCACCCUGGAGUACGCCAUGCCACUUCUGUUUGUUAAACUACCGCCUACAUUUGCCAAAGAUGUAGAGAACAACGAAAAAACAUUAAACAGCAAGAUGCAAGAAUUAGCCAGCGCUUAUUACAAGGUCUACAAGUACAACAUAAAGUUCUUCGAAACGAUGGUAAAUGGAGCAAAGUUAUCAAUGAAGGGAGCACCUAAAUCAAAAGUCUUCUUAGAAAAGUGGCUGGAAACCUUUAAGAGCUUGGAUGCUAAAAUUCCGAUGAGACCUGGGGGAGGAGUGACAGAGAGUGGCCUGAGACUGGCCCAUAACAAUCAGUAUCAAGCCCUGGUGAAAGAAAUGACUUCAAAAGGAGGAUACAAACCGGCAUUGUUAGAUGUUCUUGCAAAGGCCCUGAUUUACGCAGCUGAAGCUUAUCACACGCGAGGCGCCAUACGACAUGUAGUGGGUGGCACACAAAUGAAAGUGAUUGACAUAUCGACGUCACUUUCGCUUAUGGACCUGUGGGUAUCCAUGAUCGAAAACUGGGGAGAGUCAAACAAGGAGUUUGGCCAUUGCCAGAUGGAACCUCUGGAGGUAUGCUUCCUUAAGAUGAGUAAGUACAUGUGGAGAAUGUUUAACGCAAUGAACUUAAUCCGUACUAAAAUAAAACCCGAAAACAGGCUUGGUUUGGUGCACUUUGGAGAGGGCAUGAGCGAUCCUGAGUAUGCGAUGAGAAUGUGGCUCGACUACAAAAGGCAAGGAAAGACCGCCAUUCCAAAGCAACAGGACAAAGUUAUACAGUUUUUGAGACAAUUCAAAUGCGAUAAAGCCCAAAUCGGUCAGCCGAUAUCGUCGACCUGCAUCGCGAAGAUGAAUGAUAAAGUCAACGCCUACAACGAGAGAUUGGCUGCGCAGUGGACCGACGCACCUGUGCCACCGCCCUGGCGCUACUAAGAUUUUACAUCGUGAUAUUUAUUGCUUUUCGAUGGAGCAAGAUGCAGUACAAAAAUUAAAUUAAAGUGACUAUAUCAAACAAAAGUAACAAUGGUACAUAUCAAUAGGAGCCAGUGGGUGCUCAAGAAAAAUUUGUCUGGCCAGCUCCAUCAGUGCUUCAAGUUUAGCACCUGAUUUAUUGAAACAAAACACAUUUCACCUCAAACAAGGGAAUCACUUGACCCUUUAACACUUCAAACCCAUAUCAAAUUUGUAAUUCUCCUUACUGUCAACCAUACAAUUCAUAUAAUGUUAGUUCAGAGAAUUAAGUAUUGGAUCAACUGAUUAUCCCCAAAUUGACUCAUGGGAGUUAAUUCCCAUGAGUGACCAGGACAAAAUCUCUCCUUACAAUAUCAAUACAAUAUCAAGCAGAAAAUGAACAAGAAUACAGAAAAAUAUCAAUUAGGAGUAAUAAGUUGAUCCAAUACCAGAUUCUCCAAACUAACAUCAGAAGAACUGUAUGGCAGAUGGUAAGGAGAAUUACUAACGAGAUCAUUGAAGUGAAAGAGUUAAAAACUUAUUCCACUUCUUGAUGUUACUUAACUCUCAUUUAAUUUUAUUGCAUAUAAAAUAACUUCCUUUUUCCAUUUGACAUCAUAGGUAUCAUAGUAUACACUAUAUAUGCAUUGGAAUUAAUGAAAGGACAGAGUUAACCCAUGAGAUCUCUACAAUGCUCAGUUACGAAUUUACCAAAAACAUGAAUAAUUACUAAAUAAAUGUUAUGUCAAUAAGAUAUCAAGCAGCAAGUGAUGAGAAUA